CAAGGACUCUUUACCAAACAAUUGAAAACGAGCAAUUAGCUGAAUUCCCAUAAUGUGUACGGCUGACCGGCAUAUGGUGAAACGAGCAAUUAGUUAGUUGUUUAUAGUGGAAAUGAAAAGGUCCUUAAUUUUUUCCAACCUAAAUUGGGAAAAAGUAGCUGAUUUGGACUUUCAGUUCAGCUGGUUUCCAACCAACAGCAGAAGCUAUCAUCAAAAAAAAAAAAAACAACAGCAGAAGCUUAAAAGCAUGGCCCCUCGAAUGCUGCUUCCCGCUUUCAGAAACCGUUCUAUCACUUCACGCAUAAUCGGCAACUAUCGUUCACUUAAGACAUUGGUUGUGGCCGAACAUGAAGGGGGCUAUAUCAAGAGUUCAUCAUUAAGUGCGAUAGAGGCAGCCAAGUAUUUGAGCAGUGAUAGUCCUAUAUCUUUAUUACUGGCUGGGUCAGGUCCUUCAAUGAAGGAGUCUGCUUCAACUGCUGCAUCAUGUCUUGCUUCAGUUUCUGAGGUUCUUAUUGCUGAUUCUGAAAUAUUUGAAAAACCUCUAGCAGAACCAUGGGCUAAGCUAGUCCAGUUAGUUCACCAGACAGGUAGCUACUCACAUAUAAUAUCAGCAUCAAGUUCAUUUGGGAAAAGCAUACUACCACGUGCAGCUGCCCUUCUGAAUGUUUCUCCAAUCACUGAUGUCACUGAGAUUUGUGGACCUCAUCUCUUUGUCAGGCCAACAUAUGCAGGAAAUGCUCUUUCUACUGUUCAGUAUACUGGCCCCAUGCCUUGUAUGCUGACCAUCAGGGCUCCAUCUUUUCCGACAGGUUUAGCAGAUAAUUCAAAACCUAAUGCUGCUUCCAUUGACCAGGUUGAUAUAUCUACCUUGAAUGAAGAUAGCGCAGUUGGCAAAUCAAGAUAUAUACAACUUUGCUCUCAAAAUACAGAGCGCCCCGAUUUGGGAAAUGCAUGUAUUGUAGUUACAGGGGGGCGGGCUCUGAAAAGUGCUGAGAAUUUUAAAAUGAUUGAGAAGCUUGCAGAGAAACUUGGGGCUGCAGUUGGUGCGACUCGUGCAGCAGUUGAUGCGGGAUAUGUUCCUAAUGAUCUCCAGGUUGGGCAGACUGGUAAAAUUGUUGCUCCAGAAUUAUAUAUGGCUUUCGGUGUUUCUGGAGCUAUUCAACACAUAGCUGGCAUGAGAGAUUCCAAAUUCAUUGUUGCUGUUAACAAAGAUGCAGAUGCACCCAUAUUUCAGGUGGCAGACUAUGGGCUUGUAGGAGACCUUUUUGAGGUCAUACCAGAGUUGUUAGAGAAGCUUCCCGAGAAGAAGUAGAAGCCAAAUUUAUUAAUUAGAAAGAGUGGCACAGUGAUUAUUGUAGUAGAGAGGGCAUUUUACACUCACGACGAAACUCUCAUGUAUUUCUUUACUAAUAAAUUUUAUCUUGGAUUUGCAACUACGGCCUCCCUUUUCCUUCCCUGCUUUUGUGGUCAGAGAUGGUACAUGUGUUUAUUUACUAGGUGGAUGUGGAUCAUGCACUCUUAUGUGGUACAUGUGAAUGGAGAAAGACGUAUUUGCUCUCUUAUAUUGGUGGAUCAUGCUGUCGAUGAACCAACCAUGUUGAUGAACCAGCCACGGCCCGCGAGCUCUACUGGAUCUAAAUCCAUAGUAAUUACUACAAGAGCAGAAGAGCUUAUGAAUAUUCUCCGCUUUGACGACCACUGAUCAGGAACUAUGAGUAACAUGGAUUCGGUUUCAGUUUCACCACCCAUUCGAAACAUCUCAAUUCGCAUAAUCCCAUAUUGUAACAACAGUAGUUGGGAGUGGGUGAGCCAUCACAAUAUGGGUGUAGAAGAAUAGAUCCGUGAUAAUUUUUUUUUUUUUUUUAUUUAUCAUGAUCCGUGAUAAUUCUUAAAACUUUAGAAAUGAACACCAAGUUCCUAA